ACUGCUUCCCAUUCAGUACAGUUGUACAGCCGCAAGUGAACGCAAGUAGAAAAUUUUGGUGCUCUUCUUCCACACGAAGUCCGGGAAUCCUGCUCAGAGUCCUCAUCCAACUAAAUAUGGCAGCAAAAAGAAUGGAUCUAAAUAUGCGCACCUUCCUGGUGCUGAGUGGCAGCUCAAACCCUUUGGGUCAGACACUGGCCCUGCAGCUAUGCAGUCGUUUGGCACCCGGAUCGGUUGCCCUCAUCCUGGACGAUGACCAGGCUAAACUUUCUGCCUUGGAGCAGCUGCUCAGGGAGCAGCUGAAGCCGGAUAAGGUGCAGCUGAGGACGGGCCAGUUGGACGAGCAGCACUCCAAUGGUGUGGAGCUGAUGGAGCAGGCCCUGCAGCAAGCAUCCUCCGGCAGUUUCGAGCGUUCCAUCAUUGUGCACAACGAGGGUUUGGCCGCCACCGAAGUGCUGAUGGAGCCACAGUUGUCGCAGGACUGGACCGCCUAUGUCCAGCGGCAGUUGUAUGCCCCAGUGGCCCUGAACCAACGCUGGCUGCACUGCAAGCAAUUGACUGGCGUGCAGAAGCUGGCCAUCAAUGUGACCUCGUCGCUGCUGGUGCGUCCGCUGAUCCACAGUGGUCUGCUCUGCUCCUGCAAGCGUGCGAGGGACAUGUACUUCCGUGCCAUGGCCUCUGAGGAGUCUCGCCACAAUGUCCAUGUGCUCAGCUAUGCCCCCGGCCUGCUCGACUCCCAUCAGACUCAGUGCGAUGUCAACGGCAAUGUGAUUACCCCGGAGUCCCUGGUAGCAUCGCCACAGAUCCUGCAAUUGCCACGUGUCCAGCCGCUGCAGGCCACCCUCAAGCUGAUCAACAUUCUGGAGGAGAUCUCCUUCGUUUCCGGUCACGAUGUCGACUACUACGACACAUUCGUUUUAUGAGUAGAAACCUGGCGGUGGACUGUGUCCCUGAUGGACUCGUUUCUAACCAUAUUGCACGACUUGGAUGCUGCUUUUGAUUUAAUUGAUUUGGACAUGAAUAAACUGCUGCUGGCCCCGGUACUGGAGGUGGAGGUGGA